GAGAGCCGCUCUGCAGAACAGGAGAACAGGAGAACCGAAGAACAGAAGAACAGAACUCUGAGUUUGGGCUGAUAUUUACCCGUCUGUUUGUGCCGGAAGACUCCACGCUUCCACGGGAAUCAUGUUCAUGGUGAAAGUCUCCGCCCUCCUCGCCGCUUACUUCCUGCUCAUCUCCCAAAUGUACAGCUCCCACGCAGCACCCAGAUCUGCUGGAGACUCUGCGACAGACACAGUGGUGCUCAGCGAUUACGAAGCUCGACAGUUAAUAAACGCAAUCAUUAAAGAGUUUGUGCAGAUGACGGCGGAGGAAGUGGAGCAGAACGAUGGGAACAGCAGUGUCUCGGUGCAGAAGCGGGCGUGUAACACAGCGACGUGUGUAACCCACCGACUGGCCGAUUUUCUGAGCCGUUCGGGUGGGAUGGGCAGCAGCAGCUUCGUUCCCACCAAUGUAGGCUCCAAGGCUUUCGGCCGCCGCCGGAGAACAGGCAGCAUGUGAGAAUUACUGCAGGACCAGGAGGGUCCCCCCGGCCAGCGCUGCGUUACAUCUACAACAACAACCGCAACAAACAACAAUAGCAACAACAAACAGGCCCCGCCCCCUUCCCUUUGAACUCCAGUGUGUGUGAAUCGCCCCACUGCUUCAGUCUGUGGCUUCUGGCAAACAGAUCUCACGUUGACGGAUCUCGCUAGGAAUAAUCAGCCGUAUACAAAACAGGAAUUUGAUUUUUAUAUGAAAACAGUUUGAAAUAAAAAGAAAAAAGCAGUUUGUUUGUUUGUUUAUCCUUUCUUUUGAUGAUGAACGUGUGCUUUUUUAC